CUCUCUCUCGCAAAUGUAUAUGACCCACAGCAUAUAUACGUAGACAGGGAACACGACCACACUGCUUGUUGCCCGUCACAUACCAGCAGGACCCAUUUGAUUAGUUAAUCCUCUUUCAGCGGACUUUUCCAACCCUAUCAAGUUCAUAUCUUCUUGCUUUUAACAAACCAAAAAUCCUCUCAGCUUCCCUUCAUUUUCUAGUCCCAGAAAAGUUGCCUUUAGACACAAAAAAUUAAGAUGUUCAAGAGAAACAACUCUCAGUUGAUCAAAGCUUCAAAACAAAACAUGACCACACACCGUCAAGGGAAAUCGAUCUGUUGCUGUUUGUUGAAACCGCCAAGUUCUGAUAUGGAUACCAAGAAUGAGGAAAUUAGUACAAGAUCAAGAGAUUUGAGAAACAGUACUUGUGGAGAGAUCAGGUAUCAUAGAUCAGGAGGGAAAAUAACCCCUACAACUUCUAUACUUGAUGGAUCUAAUGUUUAUGGCAGAGAGAAGGACAUAGAGGUCGUUCUUGGAUGGUUACUGAAGGGAGAAGCAGCUAUCAAUGGUAGGGUUUUUGUGGUAGCUAUAGGUGGCAAGGAAGGGGUUGGCAAGACCACUCUAGCUCAGCUUGUGUACAAUGAUGACACAGUGGUCACCGCUUUCGAUUUGAGAGCUUGGGUUUUUGAUAAUUCAAAAGACUUUGAUGUUGUGAGCAUAACAAGAACAAUCCUGCUGAGCGUUACUGACGCUUGCAAUUUUAGUGAUAAUUUGGAUUUGCUUCAGGUGAAGCUAAGAGAGAAACUUUCUGGAAAGAGCUGUUUAAUUGUGCUAGAUCAUGUUUGCGAUCUGGACUCUGAACGAUGGGAUCUUCUAUGCCAACCCUUUGCCGGCUCUGAAGUUAAAAUAGUUGUGACCACGCGAAACAACAGCGUCCCACCAAUCAUGGCUGCCAUGAUCUCCACUCACCAACUAGAGGUGUUAUCAGAUGUCGAUUGUCUGUCAAUGCUUGUAGACCAUGCGAAGGCAAAAUCAAAUUUUGACACAGACCCAAAGCUUCAAGCAAUUAUGGAAAAAAUAGCCAGAAAAUGUAAAGGCUUACCACGGGCUGCAAAACAUUUUGGGGGCAGGCUGCUUUCUACUCACUAUACCGAAUGGGAGAAGAUAUAAAUGAAAUUGUGAGGUAUACGAGGACGAGUGGUAAACAAUGGUAAUUAAGAUCGGUAAAAGGUAGGUGAUUAUUUGUAAUAGCAUAAUUAAGCAGUAUUUCUUUAAACAAAUCUGGGGCUCUUGAUUAACCAGCACAGGCAUCAUUAACAAUUGAAGGAGGACCUUAUGCAAAUUUAAGGAGCCAGUAUGCACAUACCAGAAAUAGAUUUUGUUAAUUUCCGUGCUUGCACUUUCCUAUUUUGUUUUACAGGCACAGUUUGUUCAUUUCUACUCCUAGUAGCCUUUUACUUGUAUGAUAAUCUGCGCUCAGAAAUAAAUUAAUGGUGGAAUAUCCUAGCUUCUAAUUUA